CUAUACUGUUGGAAACCAAACGAAGUCGUCGGCGCUGAGGCAUGAACAUCUGGAAAUAUUUAUAUUAUUUGUCGAAAUAUGAAGAUAUUUAUGUUCAUUUCAAGGAGAGUCGCAGUAUGUCAGCCUUAUAGUUCUUCGUAAUUUAUUUAAAUGACAAGAAAUACAAAUACGUAAUAUCCCAGCUAGAUGAUUUCGUAAUAUGAAGCACACAAACAAGCAGUCUGGUAAUUGCUAAUCGUCUGUACUUUUCCUGUUAACGAUUCAGGAGAAAGUAUCACCGGAAAAGGCGAUGCAAGAACAUCUCGGAACCUCCCCGGCGUUUUUUACACAUCUGCAAUAAACGUACCAUGGGAAAUUCAACUGAAAUACUUUUUGUUCUACAACGACUGAAUGAGACAGUGUCAAGCAAACACACAUACUUCAUCCUCAUACUUGUUUACGUUUUUACUCUUGUGGCGAACCUGACUUUGAUUGUGACAAUUAUUUCGGAGAAAACGCUCCAUGAGCCCAUGCUUGUAUUCGUGUGUAACUUGUGUGUAAAUGGUGUCCUUGGUGCUUCUAUGUUUUAUCCUAAAAUAUUGGUGGACAUUUCAUCCGACUUGAGUGUUACUUCGUAUGAAGCUUGUCUGGGUCAAAUUUUUGUAUUAUCCAUCUACUUAUACUGCGAAUUUACUACAUUAGCAAUGAUGGCUUAUGACAGAUACAUCGCGAUAUGCAAGCCGCUCAAUUACCACUCCAUCAUCACGCCUCAGAAGGUGAUGAAAUUUCUGGUUUUUACCUGGCUUGCAUCCAUCUGUGAAUCAGUUGUUGUGUCGGCCUUGGUAGCCAGAUUGCCUCUCUGUGGAUUCAAAAUCGAAAAGAUUUACUGCACAACCUGGGCAGUCGUAAAACUAUCAUGUGUGGACACCACUAUCAACAACAUAUACGGGUACAUUCUCAUGGUUUUUCACGCUUCACAAGCAGUGCUGAUCGUGAUUUCCUAUAUUCAUAUUGUCAGAGCAUGUGUGAGAUCGCCGAAAGAACGGAGUAAAUUCAUGCAGACCUGUUUGCCCCAUUUAAUCGCACUGACCAACUUCUUCAUCGCACUAGGUUUUGACCUCAUGUACACUCGCUAUGGCCCCACCGACCGUCUGCAGGCUCUCCGAAAUUUCAUGUCCCUGGACUACCUCAUUGUUCCACCGCUCCUAAAUCCCUUAAUAUAUGGCCUGAGACUGAACCAGAUCCGCAGGAGAAUCUUCAGGACUUGCAGCAAGAAAAUACAUACUUUAAAAUGA